AUGGCUUUGACGGAGGAAAAAUCGGAUUCCGAUGGUCGACGUUGGGGAUUAUUCAAGCUUCCCUUUCGAAACUCCAAUGGUCAAGCUAGCUCCUCCUCUUCCAUGGCUACUUCUUCUUCUUCUUCUUCUUCUGCAUCAUCGUCUCAUCUCAAUCAAAAUUACAUUCACCAAUCUCGCCAUUUUCGCUAUCACGGACCUCCUGUUGUCGAAGGAUUGGGUCAAAACCAUCAGCAGCAAUCCGCCGCGACGAUUCCUUCGAUGUCAUCUAUGGCGAGAUCACUUCUUCCGGUGAAACGCCGAUUGAAGCUUGAUCCUUCCGCAAAACUCUACUUCCCUUAUGAGCCUGGGAAACAAGUAAGGAGCGCCAUCAAGAUAAAGAAUACAAGCAAGUCACAUGUAGCUUUUAAGUUUCAAACGACGGAACCAAAGAGUUGCUUCAUGCGUCCUGCUGGUGCUGUUCUUGCUCCGGGGGAAGAAAUUAUCGCAACUGUUUUCAAGUUUGUUGAGCCUCCUGAGAAUAAUGAGAGACCGAUGGAACAAAAGAGUGGGGUUAAGUUCAAAAUCAUGAGCCUGAAGAUGAAAGUCCCAACGGACUAUAUGCCUGAGCUGUUUGAGGAGCAGAAAGAUCAUGUCUCUGAGGAGCAAGUAAUGCGUGUGGUCUUCUUAGAUCCCGAAAUCCCGAACCCUAUGAUGGAGAAACUGAAGAAUCAAUUAGCAGAAGCUGAUGCUGCAGAUGAAGCAAGGAAGAAACCACCAGAGGGUAUUACUGUUCCAAAGCCAAUUAUUGGAGAAGGACUUGUGAUCGAUGAAUGGAAGCAACGCCGAGAGAGAUAUCUUGCACAGCAACAAGGAGGAGCAGACCCGGCUUGA